AUGUUGCUGGAUGUGAGCUUUGGGCCAGGUCUAGACUUCUCUUUGAGGCAACGCCCCGAUGACUUCGUCCGAGGGCAAUGCCGAGCGCAACCAGCGGCCCUGGCCAAGAGCCCCACCGAGGCAUCGCGCCGGACCGGCUGCGUCGCUUGGGACGCCUCAGUGGUUCUGGCAGGUGUUCUGGUGAAGCUCAAUUCUUCCGACCCAAAGCUAGAGAAAGUUCUGCAGUGCCCGAUGCCCUGCAGUACUUUGAACGCUUUGAGCUCUGCUUUGACUGCUGCCUCUGAGCACGGUGUGUUGGAGCUGGGCGCUGGGGAGACGGGGCUUGUGGGAUUGGUGGCGUCCAAGCUUUGGAGGCAGAGUUGUGUCCUGACUGACAUGCCGGAUGUGAUCCCACACCUUCAACGCAACAUCGAUGCAGCAGAGCUGUCUCCUCCACCUCGGGCGGUGGCCUACGAGUGGGGCACGGAGUGGGGAGUGGAACACACAGCGGCUGGAACAGGCAGUGGAACAUUUGGAGUGGUCUUGGCAGCGGACUGCAUUUACGACACGGAGAAUGUCGAUCCCUUCGUGGAUGCGCUUAGAGAGAUAUCUGGUGAAGAAAGUGAGCUGCUGGUGGCCUACGACACGGCCUUGCAGCGUUGGGGUGCUUAUCGGCGGUUUCUGGACCUUGUUGAAUGCCAGUGGCAUGUGGAGCUCUUGGCAGACGCACAACUGGAAGGCUUCCGGAAAGCGGAGGAUGGUACCAAGAUCGAAAGCGACAGCUCGGGGAUCCCAGACAUUGGGCAAAGCCUGUGUGAUCCCACCUUCGGGAAGGCGGUCUACAAUCCUCGGCGGAUUGCAGAGUCCUGGGAGGAUUUCCUGGAUGCCUUAGGCUUCCAGAGCAGUCCCAUACGACAACAUGUGAGACAGCUCUUCAAUCGGGAGGAUUUGGAGGAACAGUUGCAAGGUCUGUUUGAUGCAUUGUCGGGUGGACUCCCCGCACUGGACAAAGGUGGCUUCUUGAAUUUCAGCUCCAACAUUCGUGGACAGGUUCAUGUUUUGAUGGAUAUGAAAACAAAGAUCUCGUUGCUCCCUCCAACAGCAGAGGACUCGCAGUGGAUCCAGCAGAACUUCGAUGCAGUUUUCCCUGCAGAAGAGCCUUUGGACCGCGCAGCCUUUCCUGGCGUGGCCAAGGCGAGCGCGCGCGCGUCCAUGGGUGAACCUGCCGGAUAUUAAAGGGUACUUCAAGAAGUAUUGCUCGUGGAGAACGCCUACUACGAAUGGUGGUUGGAAAAAGGUGGGGCAGAGCGCAGCGUUUGGGCAUUUGGGACUGAUUCGGCCCGAGCAUCAACUUGGUCAGCGGCCACUUUUGCCACGGAGACCUUCCAUAGUGGGCAGAGACCGUCAUCAAUGAACUCUCAGACCGUGAUGAUGAUGGAUCUCUGAUCAAUUCCCAUGGUAUUGAUGUUGUCCCCUGCGAGAGUGUGCAAGGACGGGUUGCGAUGGUGAAGGAGCUUUUCAAGCGAAUGACACUUCAAUGAUUUAGGGCAACGCCUGUAUGCGCUGGUUGUUCCACCUACCCCGCUCGGCAACUUUGUUCGAUCAUCUUGCGUGACCGCGCAACCCUCCAUUCAAGAAAGCGGGGACGUUCUGGUGAUCUGCUGCCGAUUCCGCCGUGGAGGGUCACUACUGACCUUUUUUGGGGUGACGGAUGCCAUUGAGUUCUGGGUAAAGACGGUGAUCUGUGUCAUCAACUACCACUGUUGUGUCGGCUGGAGCAAGGCGGUCGGCGUGCCCAUUGCUGAUGAAUUGUCGGAACUUCAGAUUGUGGCCAGAUGGCCCAAGUCAUCACAGCAAACAUUGUUUCCGGGGCACCACGAGAAUCUUGGCGUGACUCUUCAGUUCAAAUAGAUAUGGGUACGUUGGAAACCCAGUGGAAUACAUGGAAGAAUUGGAGUGAUAAAGUUUUGCUGGUGUGGGCAAGGCCAGGACAAGCCAUCCAGCCCGUGGAGGCAUUCCUAUCACAGAAAAGCUUUCGCCUUGCUGAGGAGCCUUCUCCACACCCCGGACAAGAUGCUGAAGCAGGCGCUCCAGAGUAACUGAUGAGGAAUGGUUCAACAUAGUCCGGAGCGGACAGCAAGCGGGACAGACAAAGGCAUCUCAGCGCAAACGAGUCUACAGGGAGAAGAUUGCUGAGGC